UUCACAACGACUCACACAGCAUUAUAUUAGCCUUCCUUCCUCGACUCCCUCCAUUCCUUCCAGCCGAGCUUGUCCAAGCACUUGGUUUGUCAGUCUGAGGCGUCAUGAGGACACUGGUGCUGCUGGGGGUGUUCACCUUGUCUCUGUGUGCGUUUGCAGCCACUGACACGCAAACGGCCCGACAGACGGACGCAUCAUUCCCCGAGAAGGAUGGAGUUUUACAGCUAAAGAAAAAACAUUUCAACCGAGCAUUGAGAAAGUAUGAGCAGCUGCUGGUGUACUUCUAUGCUACUCUGACUGUACAAGGCCAUCGUGUCUCUGGGGCGUUUGAAGGAGCUGCUGCAGAGCUCCAGGGGUCAGAGGUCAAGCUGGCAGUGAUUGAUGUGACAGAGGAGAAGGACCUGGCUAAAGAGCUCAAUGCGACUGACCACACAAUCCGGCUGUAUCUCUCUGGGGAUAAGCACAACCCUGUGCCCUGUCCUGUUCCUCAGAGUUCAGCCUCCAUCUUGACCUGGCUGAAGAGGAGGAAGGGGUCUGCUGAUGAUCUUAUAGCUGAUCUUAGCCAAUUAGAAGCCUCAGAGGAACUGACAGUGGUUGGGUUCUUUAAGGAGCUGAACCACGAAUACGUCCAGGUGUUCUAUGCUGCAGCGAUCGACCUCCCUGAUGUUAGCUUUGCUGUGACACAGAACAAUGAAGUUAUCACCAAAUAUGGCUUCACAUAUGAUGCUGUAUUUUUGCUUAAAAAGUCUAAGCUCAUCCAGGCUUUCAAAAUGAUGCCUCAGACAGCUAAAGAGGAGCUGAUCGUCUUUAUCUCCGUCUUCCAGAUGGAUCCAGUGACUGAAUACACGGGGCAGACAAUCACUCAAAUAUUAACAUCGCCUGUGUUGAACCACGCCCUGCUGUUCAUCAGAGAAAGCUCUGCUGAUUUUAAAGAGAUCUACUCUGCGUUUAACAACGCUGCAGAAGCAUUCAGGCUAAAGAUUUUGUUUGUCUGGGUGAACGUGGAGGAGCCUCGUAAUGGGAGGAUGAUGGAAUACUUCCAGGUUCGGGAUUUCGAGGCCCCUCUCAUCCGACUUGUCAACCUAACGGAUCAUGUGACCUAUCACCUGUCCUCUGAGACUCUGGAUGUAGAAACCAUCAAAACAUUCUGCCAGUCUUACCUGCAGGGCAAAGCUAAGCCUAAGAUGCAGAGCGAGCCGAUACCUGAAGGAUGGGAGGAGCAGCCAGUGAAGGAGCUGGUGGGAAUGACUCUGGAGAAAGUCGCCUUUAACCCGGACAAGACGGUGUUUGUCCUCUUCUAUCUUCCCUACAGUAGGGCGUCCCUUUCUAUGUUUCCUCUGUGGGAGGAGUUAGCCGAGGCCUUAAAGGAUCGAGAAGACGUGGUCGUCGCUCGCAUUGACGCCUCGGCCAAUGACAUCAACAUGUCGAUGCAGGGCUCGUACCCCUCACUCUGCCUGUUCCCUGCUCUGUACGCUGAACGGGCGGUGGUUUACACUGGAAAUAGACGGCUGAAGGACCUGAUAAAGUUUCUGGAUAAAGAGAUGGAGGAAGCUAAAAAAUUCAGAAUACUGGAGGAUGAAGACAGGAGGAAGUACGUUGAAGCCAUGAAAGCUGAAGAAGCAAAAAAAAACAACGCAACCAAAGACGAGCUUUAAUCCAGAAACAAAAAGGACACAGUUUGUGUGUUUGUGCUAGUGUGUGUGUGCGCGCGUGUGUGCAUGCGUGCCUGCAUGCGUGCGUGUGUUUGUCUGUGUGUGUCUGUUUGAUACUGCUUUUAUCUUUUCAUUCUAGCUGUCAUUAACUGUCCAUCAAAUGAAAUCUAAUAUAGUCUUUGAAUAAAAUAUCUGAGGUUUGAAGAACUACUUCUCAUUUAUACUAGUCAUUUGGUUUCUUUUGUUGUCUUGUUGGUUGUGAGAGCUCUAAAUGAAGGCCAGAUUGAUGCUGAUUUAAUGCAGUUCUAAAUAAAACAUGUUUAAAAGGUU